AUGCUCGCCCCUGCAACGGCAACAUGGGCAGCUCCCUUUGCUGCUUACUACCUCUUUCUUCAGAAUAGAGUUGUAUACCAUCGUCUCAAGACGGAAAAGUACAUGGGCGACACAGCAAAUGCCGCCGAGGGGACCAAAGAUCCGCUCUACGUCGCUACUAGAGCUCAAUUGAACUUUAUCGAGAACGUUCCCAUUGCUUUCCUCGUUGCUCUCCUCGCGGAGCUGAACGGAGCAAAUAGAAAAUACAUCAGCUACGGUCUAGCGGCUCUUCUGGCCUUCCGUGUCUCCCACGUAGAGCUUGGGAUGAUGAAAAAGGACAGCAUCGGUCUUGGUAGACCUGCCGGCUACUAUGGGACGCAGGCAGUUAUUGCAUCGCUGGCGGGAUACGUUGCCUACCUUGUAAAGGACUACUGGAUGUAG